AUGGCCCUGCUGCCUGGCUCGCUCCUUGGGGGGCUCCUGCUGGUCGUGGCCCACCUGAGUGGUGAGAAGGGACUGGUCUCACGAGGGUCACCGGCCCCUGCCCCCCCAGUGGCUGCGCUUGCCGUGGAGGUGACGGUGCCCGCCGAGCCUCUGAGCACCCCGGUGGGCACCACGGCCGAGCUGAGCUGCACCUACCGCACGUCUGUCGGGGACAACUUCGCCCUGGAGUGGAGCUUUGUGCCGCCGGGCCAGCCCCUGUCUGAGUCUCUGCCCAUCCUCUACUUCACCAAUGGCCACCUGUACCCCACGGGCUCCAAGGCGAAGCGAGCCAGGCUGGUGCAGAGCCCCCCCACGGCGGGAGUGGCCAGCCUGCAGCUGAGUCGCGUCCAGCCCUCAGACACCGGAACCUUCCUCUGCCAUGUGAAUAACCCCCCCGACUUUGACACCAACGGGUUGGGAAUGAUCAACUUCACGGUGCUGGUGCCCCCGAGCCGCCCCUCGUGCAGCCGGAGCGGCGAUACCGCAGUGGGAGGUGCUGUGGCACUAAGGUGCAGCUCUGCCGAGGGAGCCCCCAAGCCUGUGUACAAAUGGGUGUACGUGGGCUCUGCUCCCACGGCUCCCCCCGGCGGCAUGGUGCAAGAUGAGGUGUCCGGCCAGCUCAUUCUCUCCAACCUCUCCCUGGCCUCCUCGGGGACCUACCGCUGCAUGGCCACCAACCAGAUGGGCAGUGCAUCCUGCGAUCUGACCCUCUCCGUGACUGAUCCUUCUGGAGGCCGGGUGGCCGGAGCAGUGAUCGGGGUGCUGCUGGCCGUGUUGUUCCUGUCCAUCGGUGUGUUCUGCCUCAUACGGUGCCAGAGAGACAGGAGGAAGCAGCCCAAGGAAACAUACGUGGGCAGUGAUCUGAGGGAGGAUGCUAUGGCUCCUGGGAUUUCUGAGCGUCCUUCUGCCAAGCCUGAUUCUAGCCGUGGCCUCCUGGAGAGGUCCCCCUCAGCCAGCACCGUGUCCACCACCAAGUCCAAGCUCCCCAUGGUGGUGUGAUUGCACACCCAGUCCCUGGGGUGGGGCAUGUAAA